AUGAGAAACCAACACCAAGAAGAGCAAUGUUCACAGUCGAUGGCAUAUGCCAUGCAGCCCCACAGUGGCUUCUCGAGCAACCCGCCUCUUACCAGCCUGCCCCGCACUAAUAUCCCGCGAUCCCAAAACCCGUACGCAUACGCGGGUUCUUACGGACUAGACCCCGGGCUAAUGAACCUCAACUAUCGAUCGAUGACACCUGCCUUGAACAACAGUAUGCCUCUGGGUGUACAAGCUUCGCAUAGCUUUGAAGGACAGGGACCGCCAAAUAGUGGCUAUUAUCAACCCAGUAACAGCCCUGCGCAUCCUCAAAGUAAUAGACAUUGCCAGACUGCCCAACAAGGACAACAGCGUGGUGGUCUUGUUAAUCCGCACAACUUGGGACGAACGAGGAACAGACGGCCAUCUCAGUCGUCCUCGCUGAAUUCCGAAGAAGGUCAGAGCCAAAGGGAGUUUCAUUUUCCUCCUCUUCAAGAAUCUUCACACGAAGCGCAGUCAGAGGGUAUUCGUAGCGGUGCUUCCCAGCUCCAUCGCAGUUGCGCGGCAAACAUACACGAUGGUCAGUCCUUCGAAGUUCCACCUUUGCCGGAAAAUCAUAAGCAACGUAUUGCGGAUGAGCAGGUUCGCUUCGAGAGGUGUGUUUCUGGUUCCAUAUCUGGCAACCCAACGAGAUCGCGUACCUGUCUUGAUGCUCCGUCACCAGACUUGAAUUCGCCUCAGCGCCCUCAAUAA